AUGCAUGGAGGGAGGGACAAACCUAUGUGGAUGUUGACUACAAACAGGAAAUUUUCUGUGAAAUCUUUAUACUUGCAUCUUAUUAAAUCUGAUGUUGGCUUUCCAUAGAAAUUUUUGUGGAAGGUUAAAGUACCUGCAAAAAUUAAGUUUUUCCUUUGGCUCCUGAAUAAAAAGAGUAUUCUAACUAGAGACAAUUUGCUGAAGAAGGGCUGGAAAGGAGACAAACAUUGUGUUUUGUGUGGGAAAGAGGAGAAUAUUGAUCACCUCUUCUUCUCCUGCUCUGUUGCUAGACUCAUUUGGAGCCUGGUUGGGUGUGCUUUUGACCUUAAACUUAUUCCAAAAGAUUUGAAUGAUUGUUUUGGAAAUUGGUUGAAUAAAUUCAACAAAAAUGAUAAGAAAAUGGUUUUGACUGGUACCUUUGAUUUAUUAUGGGCAAUUUGGAAUAGUAGGAAUGAUAUUGUAUUUGGCAGGAAAAAUAUAAACGACCCAAUUGGGAUCGUUAAAAGAAUUUGCUAUUGGAUCGCUGACUGGGCUGUUUUGUAAAAAAAGGACCCAGGGGAAAGAAUGGGGGCAAGACUCAUCGAGCAUGUGGCAGGUGAAAUCUAUAAAGCUUCGCAGGGGUGGCGUUUCGGAGUACCAAGGCUACAAAUGUGAUGCUUCGGGGAGCAGAAGCUUCUACUUCUUCGGAUCUUGCCAUUCUGCUUCAUGAGUUUUUAGGACCUGUUCGGAUCCACUCCACUCCACAACUCCGUUUCGGGAGUGGGCGGAGCAGCGCCGAACGCAACAACUCCACGGAGUCGAAGGAGUGGAGCGGAGCUGGUUGCAGUUGAAUCUGGCGGAGUCGCAAAAAGCCAGCUCCCCGCAACUCCCUCUCCCCUCCCACUCCCCCCAACUUACCGGUUCGAUCGAAAUUUCUCUCUCCCGUGUCCAGCGACGCCCUCUCCUCCCCCGACCAUGGUACCCUAGCGUCGCGCCGCCGCGACCACGCCGCCGCAGUUCCCCGACACCCCCUCCGUCCUAAUCCAAACCCGUGCGACCCCCUCAUCUCCUCGUCCACCUCCUUGUCCUAGGUGUUUGUUCUGCCCGACAACAACUUCGGCGACAUAGGGUUUGGGUGGAUCGGAUCUCUGGCGGCUGAGAUCAUCCAGGGCUCGUCCUCGUCCCCGGCAACUCGGAUUCAUCAUCUGCAAGGUCUGCGUCCACGUCCACGUCACAUCCGGAAAGGUGAGAUCCAUAUCCCCUCUCCACCCUUGUUUCUCUGCAUGUUCUUGAUUAAAAUUCCUGAUUAGUUCUACGAGUUCUUGAUUCCUGGUUCUUGGUUCCAGUAAGUAUUAGUUCUACAUGUUCAUAAGUCCACGAAGGAUCUCACAGGAAAUUGAGAGGAAGGGAUGAAUUGGGGGGGUUGUUAGAGAAAGGGGAUGAGCGACAAAGAGAGAUACAGAGUUUUCUUUUCUUCAGAGAUAACGAAUAGACAGUACAGGAUUAUUGUGGAUGUUGUAAAUAUAUAUGUAUUGCAUCUGUUUCUUUUAUUUGCCUUGACAUGGAGGGAGUGAACUAGCUAGCUCGUUGAUCCUCAUUAGUGAUGGAAAUGGUGUGUCUUUCUGUGGCACUAUGAAAGGGCUAACAGUUCAGUGGUUGCCGAGAACAGAUGCAAAUGGUUAAUACCUUGUGUUUAUUGAUGCUGCAGCUAGUAAAUUAAUCCUGUUUGAUUAUGUGCAUGGUCUUAUCUGUGUGAGAUGUAUAUAUGGCUUAAUAUUUAUUUACUGUAUGAUCAUGCGCAGUAACUGUAUUUCCACAAAAAAAUUCCUAAGCAUAUGCCGUAUGUACAUUUUCAUGCUUAAAUAACUGAAUUCUCUUCUACUUUAGUAGAUUCAGUAACUUUGCUUUAGAGUUGUUGUUUAACAGUAGCACUACCCUUGAGUAACUAGAUCAAUGGCUGCCACUAUGUAGAUCUUGGUUCCAGUACAUAUGAUAAUCAUGGUUCUUCUGUCUUGGUCUGAUGAUUUUAUACAUGCCAACAAGCAACCAUGCGAUAUGUUCUUUACUUCUGCACCUAACAGCAUGUUUUCCCACAAAAAAGUACAUGUGCCGCGGCAAUCAUGCAUUUUAUCAUUUUAAUAGCCAGUCAAGUUCGUCCUUCAAAUGAUACAGAAGGCAGUCAAGUUCCAUCCUCUAAUUUCUUGUGAUCAUUGUAGGACCAAUUAGGAUGUAUACCUGAAGGAGUGAAUCUACUGGUUGAGCUGAAAAUUGAUCUCUAUUUGGUUUCUGUUUUUGUGUUUGGUUUUGCCGGCCGCUCGUCCUUCGUAUGCUCAUCCAUCUUGGCUGCUCUGCUUGCCUGCUUCUCCACUCUAACUCAGGUUCUGCGAUCUCUUGUGUUGCUGCAUCCUGAUCUUCUGCUUUGUUGCAUCUCUGUUCUGCCAUCGAGGUUUGCUUGCUUUCUGUCUAGCUAAAAUGCAUAUUUCCUUUCCUGUACGUGUUGUCAUGGUGUUUAAAUUGCUGAUCAUUUUAAUUUUCUGGAUCUGGCAUGCCAUCGUGUAUUGUUCGGCCUCGUCCCGCUUAUAUGUCAUGCUUGUGUGUGAGUAGAAUGCGUCCGCUUAUUUCAGUCGUUAUACAUGUUUUGGAGGUCGUGGUGGCGGCGUAGUGCGGUGUGCUUUAUGACGCUUUCGUAUCUGUGUGAGGUUGCAGAGGACGUGUCUGUACUUGCUGGGGUAGAAUUCAAAUUGUGAGGGAUGGUUGUGCGCUUAGAUUUGGUUGCUGCUGGUCGGUUCUUGAGUUCAGCGCAUGAAAACCUGCAACUACUAUCAAGCGAACCACAGGAGGGAGCAGCAGGCAUAGAAGAAAUCCCAAGCCAAUUUUGCUCAGUUGUAGCAUCUUCCACUGACAAUAAGUCUGCACAGCAGCCUGGUGAGGCUGAUGUUCUUGCUCAGUAUAAGCCAACAAUGAAGAAACUGACCAAGCUAUCUUUCAUGAUCAGUUACACACCAAGCCUAUAUUUUUGCUGCUUCUACAUGUUGCUAUGAUGGUCAUUCAGCCCAUUUUCUCGAACCUGCACUACAACGAGAAAUUUGGGCUGUUUCUUUGUGGCUUCCAAACUUGAAAUGUUUGUUUGGAAGUUAGUUUAGAUUUUUGUUGUGGAUUCACAGCUUCUCACAUGUACCAUCCUCUUAGACCUUUAGAUUUCCAAAGAAACUAAAUCAAGAUAUGGUGGUAUGGUCUCAAUAGUACAACUUAAAGCCUUCCAUGCUUUAUAUUUUCUCUGAAAUUUGCUCUCCAAGAAUCAUGUAUCUAUGUUAGAUCCGGUGAGAAAAGGCGGCUUCCAAGCAGAGGAUGUGGGAGUGUUGACCACAAUUGGUUUUCGACUUGGGUGUCUAAAUAUUCUCACAAUACUUGGCUCCCUCUCGGCCUUUGCGCCAUUGGCGCAACGAGUCAUCUAGUGACUUCAAAUCAACCUGUUUCGUGAGCAGUUAUGAGGCGCUUGCAAUGUUCUUGUGGACAUUAGGGGGUUGCGAGUCUAAUAGAAGAACACAAAAUCGUUUCAAGCACUCAGGAGAUACAGUCCACCGGAAGUUUCAUGAGGUUUUACUCUGUGUGAUUAAGAUGGCAGCAGAUUACCUCAAACCUAAGGACCCAAACUUUAGUAGUGUGCACCCAAAGAUUCGGAAGGAUAGAAGGGCUUAUCCCCAUCUUAAGGACUGCAUUGGUGCACUAGAUGGUACUCAUGUCAGAGCUUCUAUUCCCGCUGACGACCAAGUUAGAUACAUUGGAAGGUCAGGAUCAACAACUUUGAAUGUUCUGGCAAUAUGUGAUUUUGACAUGCAUUUCAUGUACACCUCAGUUGGUCAACCUGGUUCUAUGCAUGAUACUAGUGUCUUGUAUCAUGCAAUUGAAGUUGACAAAGAUACCUUUCCUCAUCCUCCAAAGGGUAAGUACUAUCUUGUGGACGCAGGCUAUCCUAAUAGACCUGGAUAUCUAGCACCUUACAAGGGAGAGAGGUAUCACGUGCCUGAUUUUCAUCGAGGUGUGGCGCCAAGAACACCUAAGGAGAAAUUUAACAAGAUACACUCAUCCAAGCGUAAUGUGAUCGAGAGAGCGUUUGGCGUGUGGAAAAUGAAGUGGCAGAUUCUACUAAAGAUGCCCAAUUAUUCAGUUGAAACUCAAAAGAUGAUAGUGGCUGCAACUAUGAUCCUUCACAACUAUGUUCGAUAUCAUGAUAAGGGUGAUCUUCACUUUCUUCGAGUCGACAGAGAUCCCAACUAUGUCCCAACUAGACCUUCAAGGUAUCAACGGUACGCCAUCCAUCCAAAUGCAUCAGACGCGUCAACCUCAGAGGCUAGCGAUAAAGACAUGGACCGGUUCCGUAAUAAACUAGCAACUGAUAUUGCUCUUGGUUGGUGACUUUCACUUCUUCUAUAAAUGUGAAAUCAGUCGAAGCAGAGUAUAUAUGUUUUGGUUCUAUUCAAGCAAUCACCAGCCAUGCAUAAAUAUUUUCAUUUGUUGAAAAUUGUCUCCAUGAGCUUCAUUGGAACUAGGAUUGAUGUGUACAAAAUUCAUAUGUUUAUGUGGUUUUUGUUCUUGUUUGUCAUCUGAAAACCCUAUUUGUGCAUGUUGCUAAAAUCCUGUAAUUUCAGCAAACUCAUGCUGAAGUGUUUUUGUGUGAUAAAUUUCAUUAUGUGUGAAAUUUUGCACAAAGAAAUUAUGUGUGAAAUACAACAUUAUUUUGAGUAAA